AAGGGUAGGUAAGCAUAUAAACCAAUCUCCUCGUCCACCCCCCCAUAGCGCGAGAAAGCGGAGGCAAACAUGGCCAACGGCGGAGUCAACACUGUCUUGAUGACCAUCCUCCUCCUCCUCCUCUUCUCCUGUUUGGCCACCAUCUCCCACGCCACCAGACCUUCCCUGGUCAAGGUCGCGGUUGCCGGGAAGGACGACGAGUACAAGUGCGUGUACACUAUCUACAUACGGACGGGGUCGAUCUGGAAGGCGGGGACGGACUCGGUGAUCAGCCUGGCGUUGGCGGGGUCGGACGGCGUCGGGGUGCUGAUCGAGGACCUGGAGAGCUGGGGCGGCCUCAUGGGCGCCAACUACGACUACUACGAGCGCGGCAACCUCGACAUCUUCAGCGGCCGCGGGCCCUGCAUAACCUCCUGGCCGCCGUGCUGGAUGAACCUCACCUCCGACGGCUCCGGCCCCCACCACGGCUGGUACUGUAACUACGUCGAGGUCACCACCACCGGCCCCCACAUGGGCUGCAGCCAGCAGCAGUUCACCGUCGAGCAGUGGCUCGCCCGCGACGCCAGCCCCUACCGCCUCUACGCCACCCGCAACUACUGCCCCAACCCCGACGACGUCGGCGGCCAGGGCGAGGGCGGAGACAACAAGGUCACACGCAGAAGUCACGUGGCGCACGUGGAGUGAGCCACCCUGCUCUAUUCCUCUUCCACUUCUCGAGGCUUUUGUCUAUUAUAAGCUGUUAUUUCCGUGACCGUAACGACUGUUUUGUUGUAUCGUAUCGGGUGUGUUUUCCUUGCCUUUCGGUUUCGAGAAUAAAACGGACCGCUAUUUACAUGGCCC